AUGCGUAUUAGAAAAAUAGAUCCCCUUGUUCAACUCCAUCCUAAUGCUCUACCAACAUUUAUAUCUGUGAAAACUAUUAUGAAUCGUGUUAUUAAAUCAUUAAGACCUCCUUUGCCUCUUAUAAAUUCUGAUUACCGAUUAUACGGCAAUUAUAAGUUAAAACUAGAUAAUAAAACAUUUUUAAUUUGUAAUCAAAACAAUGAAUUAUUAAUAUUUUCUACACAUGAACUACUUGAAUGUCUCUGUAAUGCCGACCUAAUUUUUAUGGAUGGUAUAUUCUUUUCUCCUCCUAAAGCACUUAUAGAUUUUGAAAUGGGAGUACUUACAACACUCGAAGAAAUGUUUCCUACCAUUUCUGCCAAGAGGUGCUACUUUCACUAUUGUCAAUGUAUUUUAAGACGUAUACAGGGUGCAAUAUCUAUUUUGUUUUUAGAAUAUUAUGGAAUUGUUAAAUAUUUUAAUACUCCAUCACCAACUCACAUUCCUUUAUAUGGACAAUACCAUAAAUAUGAAUUGCCUCAAGAAAUCUUGGUUGGUCUUAAGAACGAUUCUCAUGAUGAAAACUCAUCUUUAGCCAUAAAUUUGUUGCUGCAAUUUUUAUUUAAAGAAUUGAAAGACACAGGGAGAAUUAAAAGAUGGAUUGUUAACAAGAUUUAUAUCGAACUACAAGAUCUCAUAACGACAUCAACCGUAGGAAAGAUUUUGAAAGAAAUCAGGGUCAAAGAUGUCAACCUAGGUUCCUACUUUCCUAUCAUACAAAAUCUGGAAAUCGAAAAGAUUGUAUUGGAUUCCAAUUACGAACAUAUAGAGGAACUGAAUAUCACCAUGCUUUUCGAAUACAAAGAUUCCAACGCUCCAGCCGUCCUACUAUCGUCUCCAUCGUCCCCUAUCCCUUCCACCACAUCUCAGCCACCUCCCGAAAAUAAACAAUAUUUAAACAGUUCAAAAUACGAUGAAAAAUCGAACAAAAUAAUCGAUGUCUCGCCGAAUUCUAACUUGGUUGAACUUGAUACCGCCGUUAAACAUAACCUGGCACCUUUCAAUGAUGAAAAUGCCAUGCAAAAUUUAGGGAUCUUGUCAAAUUCUUCUAAACUGACCAAAGCCAAUCCCCAAAAUAUUAUCGAAAUUCUCCCAGAAGGCAAAUGGGGGAAAGGGUUUAUCAUGACUUUGGACGCUGAUCUAUCACUCGUGGGCAGAGUUGCCGCCUCGCAAGUUACCAUAAACAUCGCAGAGCUGAGAGGGCCCGUGAGGCUGAGGUUCAGUCGUUUACCUUACACUCAUUGGUCCUUCAUGUUUUUAAAGGAUCCGCUUAUGAAUAUAAAUGUUGAUUGCAUUUUGCGAAAUAAGCAUUUGCCUCAAAUCGCGUCAAUAAUCGCUUCUCAAAUUAAAAAAUCCAUAAAGAAACGCCAUACCUUCCCUCAUUACAAAAUUAGAUUAAAACCCUUUUUUCACACAACCGGAUCUAGUCCCAUAAAUUCGCCGGAUCUCUCGACUUCUAAUCGGCAGUCCGAUAUAAAUCCGCCUGAAAUUAUCAAUGAAAACAUUAAAGUUGUCAGAGAAAACAGUGAGGUCAGUAAAGAGCAAGCCGAUACCGCUAAUUAUCCUCCGAAGCCCACGUCGAAUGUGUCUUCUAGUGGAGGUGGCAGAUUAUUCGGUAACCUUAAAACGAAACUUAUGGGCGGGGGAGUAAGAAGGAGGAACAAAGCUUUGACCAAAUCCAACGGGAUAAGCGUUAUCAACGAAGAAACAACGUCACUUUUAGAGUACAAUAGUAUCAUUAAUAAGGGCGAUUUAGACGAAUCGGUGAAUACUAAACUUGAUCAGGAUAAAGCCAAUAUCAGAGUCGAUAAUGAAAAUAUGCUAAGUGGUAAGAGUUUAUUAGUAGAACCUCGGUUUAUAGUUGCGGAAAAGGAUAAAGAAGAGAUUCAAAAGACACCAAUUCCUUUGAUAUUGCUAGGAAGACUGAACAUAAGCAUUAUAGAGGUGUGUAGACUUCUGCCAAAUUUGCCCGAAAACAGUUCUGUUUACUUGACUAUAUCAUUAGGUGAAAAAUCUUUGAAAAAUAUGAAUGAUGAUGCCAUGACCAAAUUUCGCGCCACACAUUGGAAGGCCUAUCACAAAUAUCUAGUCCGUAAUCUGGGGCAAACAUCUGGUUUUUUCUGUAAACAGCAAUUCGUGAUUGAAAAGGGGGAGAUGUGCAUUGUAAUAGACGGUGUUUUAGCCAAUUCGCCAGCACAAUUAAUUGAUUUAAGGAAGGGGGACGUGAUAAUAUCUUUAAACGGGCACAUUCCUUCCAACUCAAGACAAGCCAACAAAAUUAUUAAUCAAUUUUUUUACAACACCAAAAAUACCUCGAAACUUUCCAUUGUUGCCGAGCGAUACUCACCUCCCCCUCCAACCAAAAGGCCUGAUAAAUUAUUGCAAGUUAACUUUAGUCCUGUCGAUGAUUCAAAAAAAGCUAUUGGUGCUUUUAACAAUAAAAUAAUCGAUAUCAAAAUCCAACCUCCGAGUCCAAUGGUUUCCCAUAAUGAUAACGAUUUCACUUCCGAAAUGUACUUAAAAUCAUCAUCUUACAAUGCUUCUAAAUAUUACAAAACGGGGUUCAAUGUCAGAAAACUCAAAGGUUCAUCUUACUCCCUUAACAUCGUGGAUGGGAGUGUCGACGGUGAAAAUUUUGAGAAUAGGGAUCAAAUGUAUUUUGACGAUGAUACCAAUGAGUACGAAGACGCCGAUAUGGGCUCGGCCGUGAUUAGGGGUAAUUCCUUGGGUUAUCGGAGAUCACUUUCUUAUGGCGAUCUAUCAAAUUUUAGACCGUUUUGCAAUUCGGAGUCUGGACCUCAGUUAUCUUCGUCAUCCACCUCAUUCUAUAUUGGUAACGAAACUUAUCGUGAAAAUGAAGGAAAGGUCCCCAUCAGUGAAUUUGCUUUAGAAGAAUCGGAAGAGGAACAAAUCGAGACCAACUUUAUCAAAUCCGUCACCCCUCCCAAAUCUAAACCCGUAACCAUGCCUUUAAAAUUAGUCCAUAGUGCUACCAACCUUACCUCUCCUAACAUGCCCAAUUAUCCCAACAACGUCAAAAUUCCUCAUUUUCGAAAUCUUAAUAAUGAUAAUUUUAACCCUUCCUCGAUAAUAAACACCGCUUUAAUCUGCAAAGACAUUAAAGCACACGGCAAUUCAGGGUUUCAUAAAAGAGUACACAGUUUGCCUGAAAAUAUGGCCAACGCGCAAAGUUUUGAUUUACGCCUUGAUAACGGUGCCUUAAAUAUUAAUGCGCAUGACUUACCAGUGGAUAAGGGGGCAAAUAGAUUGCGUCAAGAUGUGGGUGUCGAUUCUCUCACCUUUCAUGAAAAAAAAACCGAUUAUUUGACUAAAAGUGAACAAAAUUAUCCCCCUUUUAUGAUGAAUUGGAGGGCCAUGUGUUCAAAGCCUAAUCAAUUUGCUUACCAUUUAUUAGAAUCUUCUAACACUCUAAAAUCGCAAAAUAUCGAUUACAAAACGGACAUCGAUUGGAAACCUAAUCAUUUCUCUUUUAACCUGUUCUACCCGGAUCUUGCUACGAAUAACAAUUCAGAAACUUUGAUACUAUUGAAAAAAUGUCAAAAUACUUAUCUCAAUAUUUGUGUGUGGUAUGAAACUCAACUUAACAACAAAAUUAUCAAAACUAUAGAUGAUAAAGCAAAAGGUAAAAACGUUGGACAGAAUAAUUUGGAGAUGACAGAUAACCAUUUUAAAAUGGACUCAGAUACCUACGUUAUUGGACAGUUGAGUUAUGAAAUGGAUCCUUCCACAUUUUUUGCCGAAUGUGCUCUACAAGAAAACGGGAAGGUAAAUAAAAGAUUAGAAAUUCAACCGCCCCUCGACUUGUCUCUCAAAAUUCCGGAUAUCUUUUUACCUUUAAAUAAUAAAUCAAGAUUUUACAGAACCAAUACUGGUCAGCAACCUCCCAUAUUCGAGUACAAAAGAUGUUACGGAGAUAUUCUAUUAUCCUUCGCCUUUCAAACACCUCCAUCUUCUGUUUCUUUGGAAGACGGAAAAAAUAUUAUAGACAUUUCAUCAAGUCGAUUUGAUGCCACGUUCAACCAACAACUUUGCCUCUACAAAUUUUGUAGAGAAAAUGAUUACAAUAGAACGGGAUAUUUGAUAAUGAAUAAUAAAUCUUUAAUCGAAGGUCAAGAAAAAUUUGAACUUCAGAAAGCGGUGCCACUUAAGAGUACGAAUGAACCCUUAUCCAUUCAAAACAUUGUCACUCCUACAACGUCCACAUCGGCUUACACCACCACUCAUCAAACUUCUGGAAACUAUCUGAGACACAAAGCUGCCGUCGGUGGCAAAAAACUCAUCAAAUUUGGCAUGGACUACAUUUACCAAAAAAAAGGUAAAUCGGCCAAUUUAACAAUGCAAGAUACCGGGAUAUUUAAUAGUGCAAUUAGUCCUGAAGCAAACAUUAUCGAGUUGGCUCAAGAUGCUGUUAUACUGAACAAUAUCUCGAAAAUUGAUGAUGGAUCACCAGAUGACCUCACUAAAUGGGAUGCAAAGUCUAUUUUACCCAUUAAUGAAUUAAAAGUCACCACUAUUCCCCCAACAUUUAAUGUGGAUACUCUAAUUUCACUCGUUCAUUCUUUCGUUUUGAAACAAUUUCCUAAAGGCACCUUAUGUCAAUAUUGCGGAAAAAAGAUUUGGCUAAAAAUGGCCUUUUGUUGUUCCAAAUGCUCUAUGAUAUGUCAUAAGAAGUGCCUAAUCAGAUGUCAAAACGGUACUUUGUGUUCAAAAAAUGCUUCUACAGGGAACAUGAUUUUAGGGGACAAUAUUAUUGACGGUUCUCAUGAUUCAGACGUGCUUAUAAAGACUGAACCGCCAAAGCGUCCACCUCCCCCCGGAAUUAAUAAUGCAAACAAAUUAUAUAGCCAUUUAAGCCUUACACCUAGAAUAAUAAAAUCUACACAUAGUUACGAAGCAAUUAACACAGAUAAUACUAAUUUUAAUGACACUAAAAUGUCUAAAAGUACUUUAACCAUAGAUGACCUAUACAAAGAAGGGGGCCGUGACAUUAGGCGGAGAAAAUCAAAUUCUGACGAAAAAAUUGUUGAUCAAAAUAUCGUAAAAGAUCUCAAAGCAUUCCCGACAUACAAUUUUAAUUUGGAUAACUUUGAACCGAAAUGUGUCGACCAAAAUUACCAGACACACGAUUUUGAGAAGGCAGGCAGUGAUAAGGAUAAAGAAGCAAUUUUAAUUGAAGAAGCCAAAAGACUAGGACGCGAAAUGCUACUUCAUUUAGAAAUUGACGAAAGAAAAGAAAGAUUGAAGAGCAUGUUAGAUGACAUAAAGCGCGAAAUGGAAGAUGAACUUAACACAAAAACCGAACUCUUGAUGCAAAAGCACGAUAUGCUUCACGAUAUUAAUAUACCUCAACCUACCAGAAGUAUGAUGAGACUAAAGAGGAGGCAGCGGUCAGGAGAUAAAAUUGGAGGUAAAGAGAGCAGGAACGAAAUUUUCGAGCAAAUCGCCGAUAUACAAAAAAUGUUGACUAAUUGCGAAAAUAGAUUGGAAUCACUGAGUUUCAUAAUGCUUCAAUAUUCGUCGGCCCUUGAGAAUUGUGACUUAAAAGAACAAAAAACCAAAUCCCAAACUCCAUUGAAAGUUUUGGAAUAAAAACUAGGAAUGAGUUAAAUAACAUUCUUCAUUUUAUAAUUAUCUAAUAAAACUUAUCAAACGUCGUUAUUAUAAAAAGUAAAUUAAUAA